AUGAUCGUGUGCAGGGCGGUUUGUACGCUGGUGGCGUUUGCAUGGCUGUGUUAUCGUCUGUAUAAGUUUUUAACGAUCCCGGUGGUGAAGAUUGUGUCGACGUUGAAGAUAGGCACGCCGCCGGCGACCAAGGUAUCGAUCGACAGGGUCUCUGAGGACUCGAUCACGGUGCAUUGGGAGAACGAGCCGGUGUCGAAGACGAGUGGGAAACGUCAUGCGGACGCGAUUUCGCAUUUUUUGCUGUAUGUGAACAACUUGCAGGUGGCUAUCUUCCCAAAUGCGCCGAGCUCGCUGUACACCUGUUGCUCGAUAACGGGGCUGGAGAGCGGCCAGGAGUACCAGUUGGACUUUGUCACAGUCAAUAGCAUGGGGUUUAUCAAUAAGCUGCCGUCGUUGUAUUGCAUGACGAAGGCGGCCGCGAGCGGCGGUGGUAGUGGCAAGGUGAGCGGCCAGUGGCGGAGGAACACUCUGAGUGUGACAGCGACGCUCCCAGAGGCAGUGACAGCAUCCAACGGCGGGUUCGCGUCUCCGUCAUACGCAAACUUGACGUCACUCAAGGAUCUGGAAUCGUUCUCCAUCGAUGACUUGAAAAAAAUCCUUGUUUGCGCGCAGGAGGACCUGCACGAUGUUUUGUCGCAGCAGUCGUCGUUGCUCCAGGAUUUCCAAGAGUCUAAGCUGCAGUUGGAACUGGAACUGGAGAAUUUGAAAAACUACUGGUCUCACGAGAUCAAUCUGAGAAAAUCCCUGAGGUCGAACAUAAAGUCGCUGGAAAACUCCAAGCUUCUGUCCGAUUUGAAGCUCGAAAAGAUCAACAAAAACAUUGACCAAACCAGCUCGAAAAUCCAAAAGAUGAAGAGUGAUAUCCAGAAUUGGUCUCAGCAGGAUGAGCAACAAUUUAACAGGUCUAAACUGAGGAAGAAUUUCGAGAAAAAGCUACAGAGUGUCAACAAGGAGAUUGACUCGUUAAGCGACAUGGUGAAAGCAUGCCAAAAGGAAAUUUCUUCACAGGAAGAGAAAAAUAAAGAAUUGAACUCAUUAAAGAAGAACUCGUCGUCGUCGUCGUCGUCCUCGGUGGACCAGCAGGACGCUUCUAUGUCACCUGCAAUAUUGCUUAAGAAAAUUUGUGAUGCGACAAUGGAAAAAAGCGGUUUGUUGAGCGUAAAUGGGGAAGAGCUCAUUUCGAAACUGAAUCCCAAUAGUCCACUGGCUAAAUUUCUGAGAGAACAGUUAAGGAUAGACCAGGAGCUUGACUCGAAGUGGCGGAGCAAAAGGAACAAAAUGACCAAGAGAAUUGAUGCUUUGCAGACAAUGCUAAAUGAGAUAAGCAUUACCAACCAACAACUAAGGACAAAUUUGAUCAUUCAACCAUAUGCCGUUAAGCAAUCGGAACCAAACUCCAUAUCGAACUCGACUUCAGAGUCAAAUUCCAAUUCAAACCUGAACUUGAAUGCCAGUAUUAGCAAUAAUCAUGCACCAACCGCAAAUUCAUCUAUGAACCUCAAUGAACAGGGUUCUGUGAUAAACUCUCCGCCUGUUAGCAAUAGAAGUCUACUUGAGAACACCAUCAAUCAACAGGGGGUCCAGCAGGGAGUCCUCAUGUCAACGAAUCACUCCUCCGGUAACGAAGAUAGCUCAAACUUGCACUUAAUCUUGCAUAAUCCAUCUACUUAUGCCUCCAACAAACCAGCUCAGGCUCCUGAAUCGCUAUUAUCGACACAUUUAAAAGGCGAAAAGCUGUACAAUAAACCCUUUUCAAGAGGUCAGCCGGACCCAACAACAUUAGUAGCGCCUGGAUACAUUCCCCAGCCCUUUCCUUGGGGUAGGGAACAGCAGCAGCAGCAGCAGACUGAGAUCGAGCAAGCUUUUGAGUACGAUAACGCUAGUCAUCUGAUCUCAGGUCUGCAAGAUAUGAUCUACGAGGAAACGGAUUAUCCCGAGAGCAUCAGCAAUUACUCCAAGGGUUUCACUACUGAUCAGUUAGAUAAUUACUGGACUAACCAGAGGUCGACAAUCAAGAACAACUUGGGAUCAGCGCAACCAGUGAAUUUUGCGACUCCACAUUUCGGUAAUAACGAUGGUUACUCAUCGAUGUCACCGUUUGGUUCAAAGUCAGUGGCUCGUUCAACAUCGACGCCUCCAAAUUUGGCACCAAAUCAAAGUUUGCUUGCUGCCACCCUCUCUGAUCCCUCGAUGGCUAAUUUUGGCGAUACAAUGCUCCCGAUGGAGCACUCAAAUUCCUUUCAUGCAAUGGAUAACGUAAUUUCUAACUCCUUGCAUGAACCUCAGAGCGUGACGAUGCAGAACGCAGCAUCCUCCCACGAAUCGCAACAGCCAUUAAUGAUAAACGAAGAAGAUCAGCUUCCGGAGUCACAAAAGCACAAUCUUCAUGCCCAAGACCAUCUGCACGCACCAAGAUUUAAUUUCAUGUGGCACCCACAGCAGUCACAUCCAGUGACAUCUAAAGAAGACACAACCCCGCGUCACGCGAGAAACGGCAGCACCGCCAGUAAUGUUAGUAGCAAUUCGACCUGGAGUAAAUUGAAUUGGAAGAACUGGUCUCCGCAAGCGUCUGCGCAAUCAGAAGCCGACAACGUGCCCCAAUCUCCCCCACCAUUACCACAUUCCGCAUCUCACAAUCAGAAGGCCCCAGUGUCGCCUGCCAGUUCCGGAGGGAGGAGGAUGUCAAGAUUACUCUCAAGAAGCGGUAUGAACAAUAUUUUCAAACUGCCCAGUCAUGAAGAGAAAAAAUAA